UUGAGGAGAAAGCAAUGGAAUGUAAAAACAAAGUUUCAAAGAGGAAGGAGUGUGAUGGAAAAUUUGUUUUCAACUCCAAUAAAAAGGAUGAGCUAAGCAAGUUGAGUGAGCAUGAAAAGAAACAAGUGGCUGACCAUGGAGUUGAGGGACAAUUAGCUGGAGAGAAAGUGGUACAAGGAGUUGAGACUAGUGCCAAGUUCGCAUUAGGUUCAGUUGAUCAUAUUGUAGCUCUUGGCACUGUGAUGGAACACAAUGACCCCUCCCAACUUUGUCAUGGUUAUCCACUAGGGGAUAAUAAUUUGCGUGUUUCAGUCUCUGUUGCAAUUGAGGAGAACGCCUUAGUUCCGUUUCCUGUGGGUGAUGAAAUACGAACUGUUAGGCAGGCCAUGGGGAGUUGGGUACCAUGGCCGAAAGAGCUUGUCAUAAUGUCACCUGUGAAGAAACCUGAGAGGAAGAGAAAAAAGAAAGUGGUACAGGAAGACGAACUCUCUGAGGAUGAGUUUAGCCUACAAUCAUUGGCAGCUUCCUUACCAAAUUCAUUGAGCAUGUUGUGCAUGUGGGGUGAGGUCGGAUUCAAAGAUAAGAAGGCUAUCACCAUUCAAAUUGAGGCUGAAGUGUUUGGCCGUGCACGGAAAACAUUUAUACUAUGGCAAGAUGUGCACAGAAUUGCAACCAUGAACGAAUUAACUGGGAACUGCAUAGUGAUAUACCAGAGGUACCUCUAUGAUGUCCUGAGUCAAUAUAAAAUGUUGGAUAUGGUUGCUUUUGUUGACCCUGCGAUGAUUGGUGCAAUUGGGUGUGGGAAAGGUCAAGAAAGGUCCCAACAUAUAAAGGAGAGGCUGGUAUCUGCAAAACCUGGACAGAUUUUCAUGCUACCAUAUAACUCAGAUAAACAUUGGGUGCUGACUGUUGUGGAUCCCGAACAAGAAAUUGUUUAUUUUAUGGAUCCCAUGAAGAGGCAGUUACCCACCGGAGAAUGGGUUUCCAUUGUUGAUAGUGCAAUAUCUAUGUAUAAUGCACACAAGGGUAGGAAAGGCCGAAGUUCACCUAUAUGGAAAAAUUUGUCGAUAGGGUAUUCCUCCUCAACUGAACAACAAGGAGUGCGGCUACUUUGUCAUGCGAUACAUGAGAGACAUCAUUGA